AUGUCUUCUUCCAAGAUGGCAAAGUGCUUCUGGUUUAUCUUGAUCCAGCCCUUACUGCAGCCAAGUAUCUAUACUCCUUUAGUUCAUGGUAUGGAGAUUAAAUCCAUGGAGGCGUCUGUUUCAGGGACUGCAGAUAUUCCAGAAAGCAUUGAAUGGGAGAAAGCAAGAGACAUAAGACAACAGCUUGAUGACGGAAAAUUUUGCAAUAUACACUAUUUGACUGAUCAACAAUGUCAGUAUGUUGACACAUUUUGGGAUGGAUAUUUUGCCAGCCUCAAAGAGGAUGCAAAAGAUCAAGAGACUGUUUUGGAUUCGUCAACGGCAGAGGCAAGGGAAUUUUUGAAAAAACAUCCACCAAAGAAACCAGAACUGGGAAAGAGAAAAGGCCAGGCAAAGAGUAUUGAUAAUGAUAGUAUUGAGAUUGCAUGGAGUGGGCUGAAAGAAAAGGCUUUGUUUUUACAGGAACAACAAACUUACAUAUCCAAACAUGCUUUGAAGUGUCCCGGAGAUUUUGUAAUAGCAACAAAUGAGUUACUUCUAACAGGAAAGGAUAAGUGGGAAGUUAUGAUCAAAGAUAUGAUAGGUAGAAUCAACUCUGUGGAAAGCCCCCUUCCAUACUUGCAAAUUCUAAGAGAAAUUGCUUCCACACAAGAUAUAACACCCAAGGUGCGCCAAGCUAUUGAAGCCUAUGCAAUAAAGGUGAAAGGCACAGCACCUUUUCCAUUUGGAAUUCAAAAAUGGUUUUUAAAAUUGGGAAACACAGUCUAA